UCUCUAUAAAACGGUACCACUCUUUUCUCCUUCUGAGCCACUCACUAUACUCAUUGUAGAAAGAAAAAAAAGCUAUCAAACGUUUAACGUUUCUAAAGAGAGAGAGAGAGAUGGAAGGGAAAGAAGAGGAUGUUCGAGUGGGAGCGAACAAGUUCCCAGAGAGGCAACCCAUAGGGACGUCAGCUCAGACGGACAAAGACUACAAGGAGCCACCUCCAGCGCCACUGUUCGAGCCAGGCGAGCUGAGUUCUUGGUCCUUCUACAGAGCCGGGAUAGCCGAGUUCAUAGCCACUUUCCUGUUUCUUUACAUAACGGUGUUGACAGUGAUGGGAGUGAAGAGAGCUCCAAACAUGUGUGCCUCUGUUGGAAUCCAAGGCAUCGCUUGGGCUUUCGGUGGCAUGAUCUUUGCCCUCGUCUACUGUACUGCUGGAAUCUCCGGUGGGCACAUAAACCCAGCGGUGACGUUCGGUCUGUUCUUAGCUCGUAAACUGUCGUUGACGAGAGCUGUCUUCUACAUCGUGAUGCAAUGUCUCGGAGCCAUCUGCGGCGCUGGAGUUGUCAAAGGCUUCCAGCCUAAUCCUUACCAAACCUUCGGCGGCGGAGCCAACACCGUCGCUCACGGCUACACCAAGGGAUCUGGACUCGGUGCUGAGAUCAUCGGAACCUUCGUCCUUGUCUACACCGUCUUCUCUGCCACUGACGCCAAGAGAAGCGCGCGUGACUCCCACGUUCCGAUUUUGGCUCCACUACCAAUAGGAUUCGCAGUGUUCUUGGUUCACUUGGCGACGAUUCCAAUCACCGGAACUGGGAUUAACCCAGCUAGGAGUCUUGGAGCUGCAAUCAUCUACAACAAGGACCACUCUUGGGACGACCACUGGAUCUUCUGGGUUGGACCAUUCAUUGGAGCAGCUCUUGCAGCACUUUACCACCAACUUGUCAUCAGAGCCAUUCCCUUCAAGACCAGAAGCUGAUUUUGUUUCUUUUAUUAAGUUUCACUGUUGCUUUCUCUUGGUUUUUUGUAAUUUGUAUCGAUUGAGCUUGGUAAUAUUUGAGAUCUUCUGGUCAUAUAUGUUGUUUAUUCAAAUGGAUUUGUCUUUUUCUUCAUUCUCGGUUAUUUGAGAUAAUGAUCUGGUUUAAUCGUUAAUGGGAAGUAUAUAUGUCUGGUUU